CUCCAUGUUUCUUAGGGACGCGUUUCCGCGAGCACAAAUCUGACGAAGUGUUUUAUUUUUUAUUUUCUCCUCUCGGUCUGAAGUGCUGCUGCUUUGUUCGUGAAAACUGGGAAUACUUUGAGUCUGUUUUCAAGACGGGGACGUUAUUGUGAAUCACGGUUUCGGAGUAUUCUCAGAAGGCUGUGGAUUUAAGCUCGUGUUUUAUUUAUUUGUGUUUAUCUGGGAGCUGCAGAUUCGGCUCGCUGUUAGAGGAUGGUGGUGGUGUUCUCUUUCCUGACUGUUACUUGAAAGUGACUCGGUGACGGUUGCCAGGGGGUCAAAGCCCUUGUCUUUCCUCUACAUCGUCUCCUCUGUCCGCCGUGCCCUAUGGAGGACUAGCUGUCCGCCGCCUCACUGAAAAGGGAAGCGAAAAGCAGAACGCCAGGAGGAGCAUCUGACGCAGAUCAGCAGGGCAGGGAGGGAGCGAGUUGGAGGGGAGAGGAUGUCGUCAAACAGAAGCCAGAACCCUCAUGGACUCAAACAGAUUGGGCUGGACCAGAUCUGGGAUGACCUGCGUGCGGGCAUUCAGCAGGUCUACACUCGCCAGAGCAUGGCCAAGUCACGCUACAUGGAGCUCUACACUCAUGUGUAUAAUUACUGCACCAGUGUGCACCAGUCUAACCAGGCCCGCGGGCCGGGCGUUCCACCGUCCAAGCCUUCCAAGAAGGCACCCACUCCAGGAGGAGCCCAGUUUGUGGGCCUUGAGCUCUACAAGAGACUGAAGGAGUUUCUGAAGAAUUACCUUACAAACUUGCUAAAGGAUGGAGAAGACCUGAUGGAUGAGAGUGUUCUGAAGUUUUACACACAGCAGUGGGAAGAUUACCGGUUCUCCAGUAAAGUGCUCAAUGGUAUCUGUGCCUACCUCAACCGUCACUGGGUGCGGCGUGAAUGUGACGAGGGCCGCAAAGGCAUAUACGAAAUUUACUCGCUCGCCUUGGUGACGUGGAGAGAAUGCCUGUUUCGGCCUCUGAAUAAGCAGGUUACAAAUGCAGUAUUGAAGCUUAUUGAGAAGGAGCGUAAUGGAGAGACCAUCAACACUAGACUCAUCAGCGGAGUGGUUCAGUCUUAUGUGGAGCUGGGCCUGAAUGAAGAUGACGCCUUUGCUAAAGGGCCGACUCUGUCCGUCUAUAAGGAGUACUUUGAGACUCAGUUCCUGGCAGACACUGAACGCUUCUACACAAGAGAAAGUACAGAGUUCCUACAACAGAACCCUGUCACUGAGUACAUGAAAAAGGCUGAGGCUCGUCUGCUGGAAGAGCAGAGGAGGGUGCAGGUCUACCUCCACGAGAGCACACAGGAUGAGCUGGCAAGGAAGUGUGAGCAGGUUCUCAUCGAGAAGCACCUAGAGAUCUUCCACACUGAGUUCCAAAACCUUCUGGACGCAGAUAAGAAUGAAGAUCUUGGUCGCAUGUACAACUUAGUAUCAAGGAUUACAGACGGUUUGGGAGAGCUCAAAAAGCUUCUGGAAACACAUAUCUACAACCAGGGCCUGGCUGCUAUCGAGAAAUGUGGGGAGGCUGCUCUCAACGACCCCAAAAUGUACGUCCAGACUAUUUUGGAUGUCCAUAAGAAAUAUAAUGCUUUGGUGAUGUCUGCAUUUAACAAUGAUGCUGGCUUUGUUGCUGCACUGGAUAAGGCCUGUGGGCGCUUCAUCAACAAUAAUGCAGUCACCAAGAUGGUCCAGUCCUCUAGCAAAUCUCCUGAACUCCUGGCCCGAUACUGUGACUCACUGCUUAAGAAAAGCUCCAAGAACCCAGAGGAAGCAGAGCUUGAAGACACUCUGAAUCAAGUGAUGGUGGUCUUUAAAUACAUAGAGGAUAAAGAUGUGUUUCAGAAGUUCUAUGCGAAGAUGCUGGCCAAGCGACUGGUCCAUCAGAACAGUGCCAGUGAUGAUGCAGAGGCCAGCAUGAUCUCAAAACUGAAGCAAGCGUGCGGCUUUGAGUACACGUCCAAGCUCCAGCGCAUGUUCCAGGACAUUGGCGUCAGUAAAGAUCUAAACGAGCAAUUCAAGAAGCACCUCACCAACUCUGAGCCUUUAGAUUUGGACUUCAGUAUCCAGGUGCUAAGCUCUGGUUCCUGGCCUUUCCAGCAGUCCUGCACUUUUGCUUUGCCUUCUGAGUUGGAGAGAAGCUACCAAAGGUUCACAGCCUUCUAUGCCAGCAGACACAGCGGCCGCAAGCUCACCUGGCUCUACCACCUGUCCAAAGGGGAGCUGGUCACCAACUGCUUCAAGAACAGAUACACACUGCAGGCCUCCACGUUUCAGAUGGCUAUCCUGCUACAGUACAACACAGAGGAUGUGUACACGGUCCAGCAGCUGACUGACAGCACUCAGAUCAAAAUAGAUAUUUUGGUGCAGGUCCUGCAAAUUUUAUUGAAGUCUAAAUUGCUGGUGCUGGAGGAUGAGAAUGCUAAUGUGGACGAGGUUGAGUUUAAACCAGACACCCUAAUAAAGCUCUACCUGGGUUAUAAAAAUAAAAAGCUGCGAGUGAACAUCAAUGUGCCAAUGAAGACCGAGCAGAAGCAAGAACAGGAAACCACUCACAAAAACAUUGAGGAAGACAGGAAACUGUUGAUACAGGCAGCCAUAGUGCGAAUCAUGAAGAUGAGGAAGAUGCUGAAGCACCAGCAGCUAUUGGCCGAGGUCCUUAACCAACUCUCUUCUAGAUUCAAGCCCCGAGUUCCUGUCAUCAAGAAAUGCAUUGACAUCCUCAUAGAGAAGGAAUACCUGGAGAGAGUGGACGGCGAAAAGGACACCUACAGCUACUUGGCUUAAACGUUUUCUUUUCGUUCACCCCUCCGCAUCUUCCCUCUGUCUCUCUUGCUCUCUUUUAAGUUGUCUCUUAUGUAAUAAACAUCAUUCCUUUUGACGUUCUGCCUAUGUCGUUGGGAAUGUAUGAGCGCAGAAGGGAUUUUGAAAGUCAAAGAAGGAAGACAGCACGAGAGUAUGUGUGUGUGCGUGUGUGUGUGCGUGUGUGUGUGCGUGUGUGUGCGUGUGUGUGCGUGUGUGUGUGUGUGUGUGUGUGUGUGUGUGUGUGUGUGUAAAUCAUCGUAGCAGGCGUCUGCUGAGCUGGACUUCCCUUUAAAGCACCAUGAGUGUAUCGGAGCGGCUCGCUUCACCUGACCCGGCUCAGGACGGACAAACUUCAUCAUUGUAAAUAAACCUGGACGGAGACCUACUACCUUAAAUCUUGUGAAAAGCAAACUAUUACUGAAACACCCAUUCAGAAACCCUUCUAGGGGUUGCAUGCAAACUGCCUAUCUAUUUAAAUGAAAGAAAAUCAUCCAAAAAAUCAGAACAAACGGAAAAAGUAUGGCAUUAUUAGAAGAAUUAAGAAUACUGCCGCGUAGUGUAGCGGUGAAGUGUUUUAAAAGAGGAAAAGAAAAAAGGUGCAAUUUUAGCCGCACAUCCCAGGGAAAAGAACGUGUGUUUGACCAGGUCCUCAGAUGUGUACUCAGCAUCGUUUCCUGCUAUAAGAAAAACCAUUUGUAUAGUGUGGUUCACUUUUUUAAAUGUGUGGUAAAUAAAAAUUAAAGGUUUCUGUA